UCAAAAGUACGUCUGCAUUAUUCUUCCCACGUAUACUUCUCUCCACACCCCUCAUCAACGAUUGUUCAAUGGAUCCUCAGAGCGAUGAGAGCAAGAGUUAUUUAAGCACCGGGAACGUUUCAAUUGACCGAUUGGCGUUUUUUCACAUUCUCGAAAGACUGAAGACUCAGAAACGCACCGGAUGGGUGAAUAACAACAUUCGGAAUCCUGAGAGUAUUUCAGACCACAUGUAUCGAAUGGCCGUCUUAUCCAUGUGUACAUCGGACAAGAAUUUGGACGUCGCAAAAUGCGUAAUGCUGAGUGUAGUCCACGAUUUAGCUGAGGCUCAAGUCGGAGACAUCGCUCCCAGUCAUGGAAUUUCCAAGGAAGAAAAAUCACGAUUGGAAGCGGAAGCCAUGCAUAUCUUCAUUCACGAAAUGCUACACGACAGUCCAGCAGCUCAGAGGAUUGGAGCUCUUUGGAAGGAAUAUGAAGAUCGCGAAACGCCCGAAGCUCGUUUCGUCAAAGACCUUGACCGGUUCGAGAUGGCGACGCAAGCGCUUGAAUAUGAACGCGAUCUGAACGCUUCUCGGCUGCAGUCUUUCUACGAUAGCUCGAUCCCAUACAUCGAGCAUCCUGAAGUACAGCAGUGGGGGCAGGAUUUGUUGGAAGAACGCGGGCGGUUGUUAGGAGCUAUUCACUCGGCCAAGUCAGAGUACUCAAUGAUCGAGGGAGAUAUGCCAGUGGAGGAGGAAGCCUGAAGGAGGUUAAGAUUCUUCACUGUCAGCGAAAAAAAGUCUACCGAAUUAUCCCUUUUAAAAGUAAAUCUUUGCCUGGAGCUGGUUCGGAAUUGAGUACAUCAAUGACA